UACAGAAUGCGUCCGCUCAAAUUUGAGAUCUUCUGCUGGAGCUGCCUCCUACUUCUCGCCGUGCCAUCCACAAGGGCGGCUUCGGACUGGCAGCUGCCAGCCCCUAACAGGUAUAAAGAUCUGGACAGUUGUCGCCUUCAGUCGCUUACGGAUGGACAGGAUGCGGAGACCUUGAGAUGUCUUGUGGAGAAGCUCGGCCUGUGGUCGGACAAGAGAGGCUAUAAUUCCAAGCGGAUAGCAAAGAUAUUUGCAGGCCACAACCAAAUGGAGGAACUCCAGCUCGUGGUUGGCUACUGCAACAGGAGAGAGCAGCGCCUAAAUCAACCUAAUGAAUGGGCCUACCAGGCCUACAAGUGUGCCACCUCCGGAAGAUUUGGUCGACAUUUUUUAAAUAAGCAAAACUAAAUUCAAAUUUCCAUGUUCCGUGUUCUGUUUCCAACGUUCCAACAAACGAUAUAUUUUUAUUGAACUUUUGACAAAUGAUCAGGAAUGUUCUGGUCCAGAGGAUGUUCCGAACGUGAACCCUAGGCUUGGACGCUGUGCUGGACCAAAUGCAGAUUGGCGUUCAUGAAGCACAUGCCGGAGUGGUAGGCCUUGGCGCAUGAGUUGUGUUCCUUCGAAUGGGUCUCGGCGCACUGGGCAAUCUUCUGGUGAGUCUCGUCAGAAUGAUCAACCGAAGAACCGGGACCAGAGAGCUGUACAUGCACUUUGUGCACAUCGAAACCAUGCUCUUCAUCGUAGAAUCCAAACUU